AAAUAUCGUAAUCACCCCUCUAAAAGCGAGAAACAGUUAGAAAAUAGAGAUUGAUCUCCUCUACAAGUUCCUCCUCCCUCACUCCUUCUCCCUCUGAUUAUUUCUCUAUUCGGCGCUCUUUUUUCACUUCUCGAUCCCACCGUCAAAUCGCCCUCAGAGGAAUGACUCUGAUGACUACGCCGCCGAUAGAUCAGCAAGAGGACGAGGAGAUGCUCGUUCCGCAUUCUGAUUUGGUCGAAGGACCUGAGCCCAUGGAAGUUGCUCAGCCUGAGGCUGCUGCCACCACUGUGGAGAAUCCCCCAGCCGAGGAGAUUCCCACUCUGAAGUUCACGUGGAGCACCCAAGGUUUCACCAGGCUCAACGUUAGGAAGCUUUAUUCUGAUAUAUUUGUUGUUGGAGAUUAUAAAUGGAGAAUACUGAUUUUUCCAAAAGGAAACAAUGUCGACCAUCUGUCCAUGUACUUGGACGUUGCUGACGCUGCGAGUUUGCCUUACGGUUGGAGCAGAUAUUCACAGUUCAGCCUUGCUGUAGUGAAUCAAAUGAACAGCAAAUAUUCCAUCAGAAAAGAGACUCAACAUCAAUUCAAUGCAAGAGAAAGCGACUGGGGUUUUACAUCAUUCAUGCCUCUCAGCGAGCUCUAUGAUCCCACUCGUGGAUAUUUAGUGAAUGAUACUCUUCAGAUUGAAGCCGAAGUUGCUGUGCGGAAGGUUCUUGAUUACUGGUCAUAUGACUCCAAAAAGGAGACUGGUUUUGUUGGACUUAAGAACCAAGGUGCUACCUGUUACAUGAAUUCUCUCCUGCAGACGUUAUACCACAUACCUUACUUCAGAAAGGCUGUUUACCACAUGCCAACAACUGAGAGUGAUGCACCUACGGCUAGUAUCCCGUUGGCGCUCCAGAGCUUGUUUUACAAGCUUCAGUAUAAUGACACCCGUGUAGGGACAAAGGAGCUGACAAAGUCUUUUGGUUGGGAUACAAAUGAUUCAUUCAUGCAACAUGAUGUUCAAGAACUCAACCGAAUUCUCUCUGAAAAGCUUGAGGACAAAAUGAAGGGAACUGUUGUGGAGGGAACAAUACAGAAGCUAUUUGAGGGUCACCACAUGAAUUACAUUGAGUGCAUUAAUGUCGAUUACAAAUCUACACGUAAAGAAUCAUUCUAUGACCUCCAGCUUGAUGUUAAAGGCUGCAAAGAUGUAUAUGCUUCUUUUGACAAGUAUGUUGAAGUUGAACGCCUUGAAGGAGACAACAAAUACCAGGCAGAAGGACAUGGCUUGCAGGAUGCGAAAAAAGGUGUUCUAUUCAUUGACUUUCCACCCGUACUUCAACUCCAGCUCAAGAGGUUUGAAUAUGACUUUAUGCGAGACACAAUGGUGAAGAUAAACGAUCGAUAUGAGUUUCCUCUUCAACUGGAUCUCGACAGAGAGAAUAGAAAAUACCUAUCUCCUGAUGCUGACAAGAGUGUUCGUAAUCUCUACACACUCCAUAGUGUCUUAGUCCAUAGUGGAGGAGUGCAUGGAGGGCACUAUUAUGCUUUUAUUAGGCCAACACUCUCAGAUCAAUGGUAUAAAUUUGAUGAUGAACGCGUGACGAAGGAAGUUGUGAACAGGGCACUGGAAGAGCAAUAUGGGGGUGAAGAAGAGUUACCGCAAAAUAAUCCUGGUGUCAAUAAUCCACCUAUUAAAUUCACAAAAUAUUCCAACGCAUACAUGCUUGUUUAUAUCCGUGAAAGCGAUAAGGAUAAAAUAAUAUGCAACGUUGAUGAAAAAGACAUCGCAGAACAUUUACAGGUGAGGCUGAAAAAAGAACAAGAAGAAAAGGAAGAUAAAAAAAAAUACAAGGCUCAAGCUCACCUUUUCACGACAAUCAAGGUCGCAAGAGAUGAAGACAUCACCGAGCAAAUUGGAAAGAGUAUGUAUUUUGAUCUUGUUGAUCAUGAAAAAGUUCGGAGUUUUCGAAUCCAGAAACAGACUCCCUUCCAACAAUUUAAGGAAGAGAUGGCCAAAGAAUUUGGUGUCCCGGUUCAGCUUCAGCGGUACUGGAUUUGGGCAAAGCGGCAAAACCAUACUUAUCGUCCCAACCGUCCCCUAUUACCUCAUGAAGAACAACAGACGGUUGGACAAAUAAGAGAGGCAUCUAACAAGGCAAACAAUGCUGAACUAAAGCUGUUUUUGGAAAUAGAGCGUGGAUCGGAUGAGAGUCCUAUUCCUCCCCCAGACAAGUCACCUGAAGACAUUCUCCUUUUCUUUAAGCUCUAUGACCCUGAGAAUGAAGAACUGAGAUAUGUUGGCAGGCUCAUGGUGAAAAGUUCCAGUAAGCCCAUGGAUAUAGUAGGGCAAUUGAAUCAAAUGGCUGGCUUUGCUCCUGACGAGGAAAUAGAACUUUAUGAGGAAAUAAAGUUUGAACCUUGUGUACUGUGCGAACAUCUAGAUAAGAAGACUUCUUUCAGACUAUCUCAAAUUGAAAAUGGAGAUAUCAUUUGCUAUCAGAAACCUAUUUCUAUCCAGGAGAAUGAAUGUCCAUACCCGGAUGUGCCAUCGUUUUUGGAGUACGUACAUAAUCGAGAGGUGGUGCGUUUUCGUGCUUUGGAGAAACCAAAAGAAGAUGAGUUUACUAUGGAGUUGUCAAAGCUGCAUACGUAUGAUGAUGUUGUGGAAAGAUUGGCUGAGAAACUUGGCCUUUCUGAUUCAUCGAAAAUUAGGCUUACUUCUCACAAUUGCUACUCCCAGCAACCCAAGCCCCAGCCUAUCAAAUACCGUGGAGUAGACCUUUCAGAUAUGUUAGCUCAUUAUAAUCAGGCGUCUGACAUUUUGUAUUAUGAAGUUCUGGACAUUCCUCUUCCUGAACUGCAACGUCUUAAGAUUCUAAAAGUAGCUUUCCAUCAUGCCACAAAGGACGAAGUGGUAAUCCACAAUAUCAGACUGCCUAAGCAGAGUACUGUCGGAGAUGUUAUUAACGAACUUAAAACAAAGCAUCAGGUGGAGCUUUCACAUCCAGAUGCAGAACUGAGGUUGCUCGAGGUGUUUUACCACAAGAUCUACAAGAUCUUUCCAUCUACCGAAAGAAUUGAGAAUAUCAAUGACCAGUACUGGACUUUACGAGCAGAGGAGAUACCUGAGGAAGAGAAGAACAUUGGCCCCAAUGAUCGAUUAAUUCACGUGUACCAUUUUACCAAAGAGACCGUACAGAAUCAGCAAGUGCAAAAUUUCGGAGAUCCAUUCUUUUUGGUAAUACACGAAGGUGAAACUUUAGAAGAAAUCAAGACCCGUAUCCAAAAGAAACUCCGUGUCCCUGAUGAGGACUUUGCCAAGUGGAAGUUUGCUUCAUUUUCGAUGGGACGACCCGACUACUUGCAGGACACAGAUGUCGUUUAUAAUCGCUUUCAGAGAAAGGAUGUAUAUGGUGCAUGGGAGCAGUAUCUUGGGUUGGAGCACGUUGAUAAUACUCCUAAAAGGGCUUAUGCUGCAAAUCAGAAUCGGCACGCAUAUGAGAAGCCGAUGAAAAUAUACAAUUAGGAGGAGCAAGAGAGGAGACGUUGCUAUCCUUUGGUGUGUGAGGAGGGGGUAGAGGAUGUAGAGAGUCGCAAUUUAGAUUUUCAUGAUAACCAGAAAUGAAAUAUAUAAUAUCUUUCGGGAAAAAAAAAAACAAUGGUUUUGAUUAUGGCCCCUGACGUUAGUACAAGUGUGGUGGGUCCAUUUUGCUUCCAAAACCUCUACUCACUUGGUGUUAAUAUUUGGUAUUGUCUGAGGCGCUCUAAUUUUAUCCUCUGCUAAAAAGAA